AUGGCACUUGAUCUAUUCCUGCUGGCUGUCGUGGUCAUCAUUGCGGUUGCUUUGCUCAUCUGCAAUGUCUACAUUCUUGUAUACUUUCAACACGAUGAUGAUAAGAAUACUGCCUACUUUCCAAAAGCUCUUGUGGUCUUUGGAUUGUUCUUUGCCGAGGCAACUGUACUUUUGUUGCCGUUAGAUGUAGCAAAUAAUUCGACGGCUAUUGGAUGCGAGGAAGGAUGGAAUCCUGUUUGUGGAAAUUUAAACAUGGAUUUACUUUGGUUAUUAGUCUUUUUAUCGAUUGUCAUCUUUCUUGUGGUUUUGCUUCCAUUUGCAAUCUUUUAUUACGAAGCGGAUGAUGGUGAAGAGAAUCCAACAAAUAGUCAAUGGAAAGAAGCGAUGAAGAUGGAAACUGGCACAAUUUUUGUUGCAGUGGCGUUAAUUACGGUACUUUAUAUAACGUGUGGUGAAAGUAGCGUCCCUAUGCGUGCCAUGGAAGUCAAUAGCAUGUCAGCCAGUCAAGGAUUUCAACCAUAUGUUGAUGGCACCACUCUUUCCAGUACUAUCGUAGCUGCUGCGAGCAAUGUGACAGUUCAGCAUAUCAAACUCACACUUGACGUGUCAUUGCCAGUUUAUGUGACUGGAUUAACAAGUUUUAUCGGAUGGUUUGGCUUUGCGAUUUUCUGCGGUAUUGGACUUAUCGCUUUGCCGAUGGAUUUGAUUCUUGCAUUUUUUCACCGUCCAAAGUUUAUCAGUGCUGACGUUUACGCAAUUCAAAAGCUAAUUCUACAGCGUCGGUCAGUUGAACUGUUAGAGAUCGGUCGAUCGAUUAAACAACGAUCGGACCGUCCAGGUCCUGGUCAAAGUGCUUGGGAACGCAAGAAACAGCGUCGACUGGAUUUUGUGACACUUAAUAAGUUUAAACAGUCCGUGUAUUUGCUUGAAGGCGACGUUGUGGAUCUUAAACUUUGUCACGAAGAGUAUCGAAACUUUAAUCCUCUCAAGCCGAUAUUCAAGCUGCUCAUGGGAUGCAUUGCUAGUGUCAUUAGCUGCAUGUGGUUUUGCCACAUUGCGCUUUACAUGCUACCAAACGCACCAUUGCUGCCUUUUCUAAACACGUACUUUAUCUGGUUUGAUCGCUGGUUUCCACUGUUUGGAACCAUCUCUGUCGGAAUUUUCAGCACCUAUUUGCUUGCGUGUGCAGUUAAAGGUUGUUUCAAGUUUGGUAUGCGCUGCUUUUGCAUUGCGUUGCACCCGAUGAAACUGCAUGGAACUUACAUGAAUUCGUUGAUAUUUAAUCUCGGAUUAACUUUACUCUGUGCCAUUCCAUCUGUACAAUUCUGUGAUCAAGCUUUUGCUGAUUACGGACGCUUAACAGCUUUGCGAACGCUCAUGGGUGUGCAAAUUCAUUAUUUAAAAGGGAUGAGCACGAUCUGGGACUACAAUAUCUUUAUCUACGCCAUUUUCGUCAUUAGUUUUCUCACUGCGGCAAUUUUGCUCGCAAAACCACGAGAUCGCGCUUCACCUGUUGAUGGCAUUCGCAAGAGAAUUGAACGUCAAGUUCGGGACACAGCUAAUGCUAAUGCUGUGUAA